GCGCGCAAGAAAAGGGUUUUGACACUAACGGCGUUCCAUACGUAAUACCCAUCAGUUUAAGUUGCGGCUUUCAUGGAUUUUUUCAUCUCUGAGGAAAAAAUUCAAGAUGAAUACGAGGCACUGUGCAAGGAAGAGGAUGAAGUGGACAAACAGUUGGAGAAACUUCUCUCAAAGAAAACAGGAUUGGAUGGGAAAAUACGGGACAUUGCAAAAGCCAUUCCCAACCUAGACAUUGUAAACUCCGAUGCAAAGCAGCUUGCUGAAAUGGUAGCAGUAACUUCAAAAUUAGCAGAAAAUGUCAGUGCCAAAGUGCGUCAGCUAGAUAUUGCACGGGGAAGAGUCUCUGAAUGCCAGCAAAGAGUUCAUGAUCUCCUAGACCUACAACUAUGCAGUGAUGGGGUGCAAGCAGCCUUACGAGCCGAAGACUACGAGAAAGCUGCCGUUCAUGUUCAUAGAUUUCUCUCAAUGGACCAGCAUUUAUUGAAGCAGACUGCAGAUGACAUGGCACAAGAUUGCCAAACUGUAGCUAAUUCUUUACGUCUACUAAGAGAAGCUGCCUCAAAACUGAGAGACAUUGUAUCUGAACAAUUUCAAGCAGCUGUCUCUGUUAAUGACUUGGCCUCCAUCGAACGUUUCUUUAAGAUCUUUCCUAUGCUGGGCAUGCAUGCAUAUGGACUAGACAACUUCUCGAAAUAUCUAUGUUCUAAGAUAAAAGAUAAUAGCAGCACUAAGUUACGAGCAGCAUUAAGUGUCAAAGAAUCUGAAAAACAUUUUUGCAUAGUUUUUGCUGACUGUAUCACCAGUUUGUUUGAGUAUGUUGCCCACACACUUGAAAUUCACCAGCCUUUGAUUGAGACAUAUUAUGGUUUCGGGUAUCUAGUGAAAAUGAUGGAGCACCUACAAGAAGAGUGUGAUCGCCAAAGUAAAUUAGUUUUAAAUGAAUUUUCAAGAGUUAGAAAUUUAAGUCGUAGAAUUCAAACAGUUAAAGAACUUCUAAGAGGAGUGUCGAAUCCAAAAUUAGACCGCAUUGAUCCGAAAGAUUUAGAUGCUCUUCUGAAUGAGAUCACUGCAAUUCAUUCUAGGUAUCAACUGUAUUCUCGAUUUGUCAAGCGGAGAAUAGUGGCGGAUCUAGAGGCGGCUGGCAAAACUGAGGAUGAGGCAAUAAGUGUACUUAGUGAUAAUGAUCUAUGUAAAUCCAUGCAAGAAUUGAUAGGCCAAUAUAUUCUACUAGAGCAUUAUUAUAUGGAAGAAAGUGUGAGGAAAGCAGUAUCCAUGGAUGUCCUAGAUAAUGGAGCCAUGACUUCCAGUAUGAUUGAUGACAUAUUUUUCAUCGUUAGAAAAUGUAUCAGGCGAGCUGGUUCGAGUUCAAGCAUUGAUGGAGUGUGUGCUGUAGUGAACUUUGCCGUAACUGUGCUAGAAACUCAGUUGUGUUCAGCAAUCAAGCAGGUUUUGAAGCAGGGUUUCCCAAGUGGAUACUUAGAUUUGACACAAGCUUACACUGUUGUUAUGCAAGGAAGAUUACAGCAGUCAGACUCAGAGCAGACCAAACUUACUUUUCUGACGUAUUUGAACAACGGUGAACAGAGUACAGAGUAUGUGAACACUUUGGUCAAAGGUCUGUGUGAAGAAGUGCAAUGCUACACAGAGCAAGAAAGGGCCAAGUUAGAUAGCUGUUUAGCAGGCUUAAGUGCAGUGACUGCAAGCCUUGGAGCUGUUGCUGAUUAUGGAAUGCAGCAGUUGCAGGUUUCAGCAAUUAAACCUCGAGUCGGACCUUGGGUGGAUACGUUCCUAACCAUGAAUCAUCAGUUAUCAGAGGAUGAAUUUGCGUCUUAUGAAGCUAAUGAGCCUUUUGUUAGAAAUCUGAUAAUGAAUUUAGAAACUCUAUUGUCUGAAUUCAAAAAUAGGCUACUGCCCAAUAACUAUGAUUCUUUAAUCACAAUUCUGGCGGUAGAGGUAUCGUCUCAAAUUGAAAAAGUCAUUUUAAAAACAACUUUCAAUCGGUUGGGUGCUUUAGCUCUUGAUAAAGAGAUUCGAGCUCUUGUGAGUUACCUCAGCAAAGCAACAACUUGGUCAAUCAGAGAUAAAUUUGCACGAUUGACGCAAAUUUUAACUGUCCUUAAUUUGGAGAAAGUCUCCGAAAUUACAGACUACUGGGGCUCCUUAUCUUGGCGCCUCACACCAGCAGAAGUUCGGCAAUUUAUGGGUUUAAGGAUUGAAUUUAAAUCAGAUGAAAUCAAAAGGCUAAAACUUCAGUGAUCAACUACACUUCUUUGUUUCCUGCCACAAUAAGUGCUCUCCUCCAGAAACCGGUGGUUUGAUGUAAGUAUUUCAAAAAUAAUCUAAAGUCCUAAUUUUGUACCUCUGCUGAUUUAUUGUAUCAGUUGAACUUGAAUGAGUCAUUUGCAAGUAGCUAUAAAAAUACGUAGGUAUUAUUUUUGGUAUUCAUUUAGAUGGCAUGAGUGAAAAAAGUCAUCAAAAUAUUUUUUAUGUAUUUGCAAUACAACUUUAAUAAAUUGAUUUCUUAAAAUU